AUGGGGCGCACCACCAUGGUGACCUUGCUGCUGGGGCUGCUGUUCGUCGGCGCCCGCGCCCAAGAUUGCACCCCGAUCGUCGAAGCGGCCACAGACGCCGGCCUGACCACCCUGCUGGCCGCGCUCGAGGCCGCCGAUCUGGUCGACACGGUCGUCGGCGCCACGGACCUCACUGUGUUCGCCCCAACCAACGACGCAUUCGAUGCAGCCCUGGCAGCCCUGGGUAUCACACUGGAGGACCUGGUUGCCAACAAGCCCCUGCUCACAGAGAUCCUGACCUACCACGUGCUCACCUUCCCCGUGUUCGCCGCCAACAUCAGCGAGGACGGCAGCUACCAGACUCUCCUGGGCAACGACAGCUCGUGCGGGGUCUCGACGAUCAGCGCGUCUAUCACCGAGGAGGGGGUGACGAUCAUUGGAGGGGCGACGAACGCCACGGUGUUGAUCACCGACGUGGAGACCUGCCAGGGCGUGGUGCACGCCAUCGACUUCGUGCUGCUGCCCUGCCCCGUCGGCGAGCAGCCGCCUCCGGAGGGCGUGACCGUCACCAUGACAGAUGCCCCGGCUGCUGACGAGGGGGAAGUCUGCACGCCCUUGCUCGAGGCCGCCACAGACGCCGGCCUCACCACCCUGCUGGCCGCCGUGGAGGCCGCCGGCCUGGUGGACGCCAUACAGGCGCCCGGACUCACGAUCUUCGCGCCCACCAACGACGCCUUCGACUCGGCCCUUCAGGCCCUGGGCGUCACCCUGGACAACCUCGUGGCCGACAAGGACCUGCUCACCGAGAUCCUGCUCUACCACGUGCUGGGCACGACCGUCCGUUCCGGCGACAUCCAGGACACGGCGACCGCGGAGACCCUCCUGGGUAACGACAGCUCCUGCGGCGUGUCCGCUCUGACGUUCGACCUUACGGAGGGGGUGGUGGUCGUGGGGGGCGCUUCCUCCGCCACAGUGGUGGCCCCAGAUGUGGAGACCUGCACGGCCGUCGUGCACGUCAUCGACUUCGUGCUGCUGCCCUGCGCGCUGGGCGAGCCUGAGCCUGUGCCUGAGCCCGAGCCGGAGCCAGGUGAGCUUCUGGUCCCCAGAAUGCCCCGGCGCGUUGGGGAUUAG